AUGAUCGAACAAGACAAGCAUUGCGGCCGGAUUCUAGGCCCAGAUCUACAUCUUUUGGCCGUUUGCUGGUCGAGCCACCUACUUCUCAUCAGACCUUGGUCUGUACUGGCGGCUGACAGGGUAUGCCAACAUUGGCCUUAUGCUGAGCUGCUCCCUCUGAAGCACUACCCGCCGGCAGAAUCAUUUUGUUCCCACUACUAUCCUCUGCCUCCUACAACCGUCACUCGAACGGUGACGAAGCCGACGACUGCAGUUGUGACCGUCUCUAAGCCUGCUCGAACGGUUACGUCCGCCACCCGCGUCACCACGUCGACCAUUUACACCUCGACAUCGACUGCGUACAUCUACACAACUACAGUGACUGCUACAGCUACCUCAGGAACCUCGACACGGACUGUUCACACCGGCACGGAAAUUGACACGGUCUACACCCGGACGAACAUUGCCACUGAGUACACUUCGACUUCGACCGACUACCAGACUACCGGUACCAACACCAUCACCAGGAUCGUUGCUACACUCCCUUCGACGACGACAACCGCAACCAUUACUGCUUUCACCACGGAACAGGAAACUGUGACGGUCUCUUCUGGAACCGCUACCGCUUAUACGACUAUUGACACUGGCUUGACAAGGCGACAUCAGCAGAAGCAUCAUGAUUUCCGCGAGGAUCUCCUGCCAAGACUGGCUGCCUGCCGGAGGGACACCCUGAAGACUGCAUGCUCAUGUCUUGGAGUUCAUCCGCCUACGCAUACCAUUACGGCCACGGCCAAGUGCACUCAUACAUCGUACAGGACUGUAUGCGCCACCAAGACUGUGAAUGUCGUCGGUACGGUGACGGCCAAAAAGGUGUCUACGUCUACUAUCAAGACGGCCUCUACAACCACUACCUCCAUCCCUAAUGUCAACACGGUGCUGGACGUCGAGACGGCUACCACCAGCAUUGACUCCCUCUCAACAUUGUCAACGGUCUUUGUUACCCAAGUUCUCACUGCUGCCACGACGACGAUUUCUGUCACUUCUUUCUCGGAAGUCGAUGUAGCAUACACAACGACAUUGCCUACCACAUCCACAAAGACUGUUAUAGUACCUCUCGCCACCACGACUGUCUCGACCACCUCUUCGUACACCCGCAUCUAUGGCCCGGUAAAUGGAUGCGCCUAUACAAUGGCUGACUUCAUCGAUCAGUAUUCGCAAGACAUCCCCGCCGGCACUCCGCACACCGCAAGAGCCGCCAUCUGCGCUGCCUUUUGCGAUCGAACACCCGGCUGCAUCACGGUUGGCAUGAAUUGGUUCCCGUCUUGUGGUGCGAACGGCGAGUCUGUGUACUGCAUCGCUUCAUCCAUUACAUGGGGAGGACCGGGCACGAUGCAAUGCGGCAUUGGAACGGGAUACAAUGGGUGCUCCAUCUACCAGGAUGGCACUGUCUACCAGAAAAGUACUGUUACAAGUACUUAG